AUGACCCAGAAGCUCCUCGUCGCAUCUGUUAGCCUUUUCGCUAUUGCGGCGCCCAGCUCUGUGUCUUUCGAGGAGGAGUCGUUUCUCGCCGAGCAAAACAUUCUCCAACGCUUGCCCAAGCCUCUUCUCGACUUUGACUCCGACCGCUGCUACAACACCGCCGCUAUGGACCCUUCUGGCCGUAUCAACUCCGGCAAAGGCGCAACCGGCACGCCUUAUGGCCAGUGUUGUGAUCCUCCCCAGCUGGAUAACAGUAAGGCCUGUUCGCGUAAGCGAUGUAACAACGGCUACUGUACCGUUAUUUACGAGUACUGCUUCGAGAAGGACCAGGCUGUCGGAGGUAGCUGCGCCGGCGGACACCGCCACGGCUGGGAUAACAUUGUCGUCUUCAAUUUGUUCCCUCUUAACGACCACCAUCCCUUGUUAGUCUACCACGAGGACGACGGCGGCUAUUGCUCCCGAUCGGCCAAUAGAAAUGAUAUCGCUCAUCCUGAGAACCCAUUCGGAGGCUUCUACUGUAGCCCGCUCGUCGGCUGGAACAAGGGGCCCAGCAUUGGCCUCCGCAAUAAGAUGCUUAACGCUUGGAAGGGCAGUGUUGGUUCUAAUUUGGAUCAUGAGUUUUGUGAUUCGCUCGAUGCUGCCGCCGGCAAUGCUCUGCCAGGCUUCAACCUUUAUAUUGACUCGCAAGGGGCAAAUUGGCCGCAUCUUUAA